UUGAGUUUGAAAUAGAAUCUUCCAAGCUCUUCACUUCUAUAUGCUCAAUUAUCGCUUGUUUGCUUACAUACUAGUGUGUUUCCCAAUAUCUAAAACUUUGGGUUUUUAAGUCUUCUUUUAACAUGGCACCACAUGCAGACGCUUUCACCAGGAGCAACAACUUCCCCAAGCCACCACGACUCUCAAACGACAGCCUCCACCGUACCACAUCCGAUAUCUCUUUUCAACUCAGCAAGGAAGCGCUUGAUAAUUAUAAAGAAGCAGCACCGGUAGACGUAGAUGAAAACGAGCUCCCGCCUAUAUCCGAAGUGGAAGAUGCCAAGUGCGAAUGUUGUGGGAUGAGUGAAGAGUGCACCCCAGAGUACAUCGACCGAGUCCGCAACAAGUACUUGGGGAAAUGGAUAUGUGGGUUAUGUGCUGAGGCAGUGAAAGAAGAAAAGGAGAAAACGGGAGGGAAGAUAGAGGAAGCUUUGAGUGCACAUAUGAAUAGGUGUGCUAAGUUCAACAAGUUUGGGAGGGAGUAUCCAGCUUUGUUGACAGCUGAAGCCAUGAGGGAUAUUUUGAGGAAGGGUUCCAGAUUGGAAGGCAAAAGUCUUAGGGCUAAAACUUUUAGCCAUAGGGACAAUAAAGGAGCUCAAAACAAAGGUGGGAUUGCAAGGAGUUCCAGUUGCAUUCCAGCAAUCAUAAGGGAGAUGAAUGAUCUCACUGUUGCAAACUGAGAUCAUCAUGUUUGCAUAUUUGCAUUAAAUAUACUAUUUUGAGCCUAUAAAAUUCCUACCUUAGCUUCAAUAUACUAUUUUUUUUCCUCCUACAUGGGUUCUCUCCUUGUAUGGACCAAACCUUUUUACUCAUCAUAAUGAUUAGAUCACAGCCUCAAAGCUUUUUAGGUUGGGUCCAAACUCUCUCUUAUAUACCUAAAUCUACUUAAGGAGUACAUUAUUUUUCUAUCCUUGGUUGAUUUGUAUAAUUUUCCCUCCAAUCUUGCUUUAGAGUUUUUCCCUUUUUUUUUGGUGGGCAGAAAUUUCUGCCUGCUUUUCUCUCUUUCAGGGAUAUCAAGCUAGGGUCUUUUAGUUUGGUUCAAAACUUAGAACCCUUUGCUUCUUCAUUGCUAAUGCUAGCAAGAAAUUGUAAUUCAUUUUCAUGCAGUAAAUCCAUGUAUCGAGAUAUAUUGUAGCGUUAUCAAUAAAUGGCUCCUAUUAUUUUGUGUAUCAA